AUAAAACAGAAGUCAAAUUUAUAAAUUUCACUCGUGUCCAUUGUUCAAUUUGCGACAACAAUAAGUUAUACUCCGUACUGCAUUAAGUCUAGACACUUAAAUUUCGAAAAUAACACACUUUAUCUUUUUUUUUUUUUUUUUUUUUUUUUUUUUUUUUUACUCCGUACCAUUUACAUUGACCAGUUCUAGUUUCAUAGUGUAUCUCGAGCUUUCUUUGUAAGCUCUUUCGUUGGAAAACCAUAUCAUUGAGAACAAAAAAGAACUUGAACUUCCAAGUACCAACCAACUACUCCCAAACUUGGUCUCAAUUUCCAACGGUAAAGAAAAUCACAAUUCAUUAAUUUUCAAAAUAAAAAUCUCAACUUUACCCGCUUUCUUCUUCUUCAAUUCCUGUAAAUCCAAAUCAAAUGCUCCAUUAAUCAAUCCCUAAUUAUGGGGAUUCACAAUUCCCCUUCUUCCUCUCUCCCUCUUCAACCCUCCGGUGAACAACCACCUUCAAUCACAACCGUUAAUCACACUCUCUCCGAAACCCCAUCUCAGCCCUCUGAUUUCCCGUCAAAACCCCAAAUCAACGGUUUAAAACUAACCCGGAAAAUCAAGAAACGUGUUGUUGAUGAAACUUCCUCUGCUUCGUCUUCUUCUUCAAUUCAGAGAGGAAUUCGAAUCCCUAAUAAGCGCAAAAACCCUAGGUUUUCUGUUCGUCGAAGCGCUACCGAUGUCGAAGCAAUUGCUUUUCCUCUUGGUAUGUCGAUUGCCGCCGUUUUGGCUCAGAUCUUGGAGAAGAAGGACUUGACGAAUGAGAAUGUUGCCGUUGAUCAUCUAGCGAUGAUCUGCACUUCAGCUGUGAGGGAAUCUUUGACCAAUGUAUUUGGCGACAAGUUUGAUGCUUUUGCAAGAAACUUUGAGAAAUCUUUUGGAAGUACCCUCAGCACUCUCAGAUUAAUUAAAAAUUCAUCUGUAGAUGUUAGAGAAGAUCAAGUUAGGAAUGAUGUUGGCGAUUGUAUCUCUGGUGAAACCCAAUCCAUCUCUGUAAACAAUGGAGAUCGUUCUGCAAAAAGAUUUGAUAUUGCAGAUGGUUGCACAAUACCAGUAAAUCAUUCUACUGGGGCUCAAGGACGUAUGAAAACAGUUGAAGAGGAAGAAGACAUUCAAUCAGCAGAUUCUAGGAACCAGGAUCUUCCCCUACAAGGGCAUAUAAGCUCGCAAAUUGUUAUUUCAAACAUGCGAAAUCACUUGAGCAACCAUUCAGUGCUCAGUACUGUUGAGAAAUCUGUUAUUGAGCAAACCCGUGCAAAUGACCUAAAGAGUGUUGAAAUAGGUCUAAUUAUGAGAAAGUUGCAGCUGAAAGAAACUCAACUGGCUCUUAAUUCUGAUUUGAAUUCCUUGGAGAGAUGUAAAUUGUCUCUAGGAAUUUCAAGAACAUCCUUUAAAGCUGAAAAGUUCAAGAAUCAAUUGGAAGAGACAAGACAUAGUGAGCUCCUCAAAACAUGUGUGGACUUUCUUGUUGCUGACUUGCUUAUAAUGUCAGGGUGCCUUGGCUAUGGAGUGUAUGCAUUUUCAUAUGACAAUCUUCGCCAACUGAGUAGAUCAUGCUCUGCUUACGAGGUGUCCAAAUCCUGGUGGAUUCCAAAACCAAUGGCAUCAUUUAAUUCAGGUCUCCAGACCCUAAAGUGUGAGGUUCAAGUGUACAGCAGGAUGCUGUUUGGUUUGCUGAUGAUUUUAGCCAUUGCUUAUGUGCUAAUUCAACGCUCUGAAAUUUCGAGACAAGCCAUGCCAAUCACCUUUCUGAUACUGCUUUUAGGGGUUGGCUGUGGUUUUGCUGGAAAGCUUUGUGUCGACACAUUAGGAGGUGAUGGAUAUCAGUGGCUCAUAUACUGGGAAGUUUUGUGCUUAUUGCACUUUUUCUUAAAUGUUUUUACGCCAUUCUUCUUUUACAUACUUAAUGGGCCAAUUCAAGUAUCUCAAGAGAGAAAGUCUCGCGUAAUCUUCCCCUUUUGGAUGAGGCGUUGGUUGUUCUAUCUCAUUCUUAUUUUGAUUCCAGUCUGUUGCGGUUUUUUGCCUUUUGCGAGCCCAAGAGCAUGGUGGGAAGAGCAUUUCUCAAAGUUGAUCAGAAAUUAUAUGUUAGCUGCCUAUGACGAAGGUUAUGAUGAUGGGAGUGGUUACCAUAAUCACAUCGAAAUUGAACUGUAAUACUAUGUAUUAUUUUGACUCUUCUACUAAUUCCGAGUUUCUUGAUAUGCCUUGCAGAGGUUUUGUUUUGGGACAUCUAUAUCUAUGGUAGUAUUUAUCUAGGCAGUUGUCUUUUGUGUAUUGUUAUUUAUGGGCUAUUGUUUAAUUAACUGUGUCAUAUGUAUGUUCAAGCACAUUGUAUAUUAAUGGUAAUGAAAUCGCGGUUAUUAUGUUGAUUUAUAGUUUA